UAUUCUGUCGCUUGCGGUCAAACCAAUCUCUCACGCUGUAUUUUGAAUGCACUGAGAUAGCUGGUCGACCGAGUUAAGGAUUCAUACGUCCAUGAUCUUGCUACCUGUAUCCCAUUUAUCUGCAGACGCACUCACCGAGGGAAUGGUCUCCUCCUCCUCUGCUCGGUUCGUCGACGCCGCCCUGAGAGCCACCGGAGAAAGAGCCCUUUCCUACACCAACCACAACCUGAAACGGGUAAUCCGGAAGCACCUCCUCGCACUCCUCGACGACUUCCCCACCCUCUCCCCCCGCUCGGACACCUUCACCGACGACGACGGCACCGCCUCCCACCUCCUCCAGGCGCAUGGCUUCUUGCCCCUAUCUUCCUCCAUUCCGCACGUCCUCGUGACGAUAUGGCUUCACCGGUGCUACCCUUACCAUGCGCCCGUCGUGUACGUAUUCCCGACGAACGCCCACCUCCUGCUGCCCGAUCACCCUUUCUUCGGCCCCUCGGGAGCCGUCGCUUCUCCUUACCUCCAUCGGUGGCGGUAUCCCUCGUCCAACCUCUCCCAUCUCGCACGUAACCUCGUCAAUAUCUUCGGGCUGUGCCACCCCUACCACUUCGACAUGACUCCCCCUCCCGCCGCCGACGCCUCUCUAGCCUCCAAUCGGGAGGCGAUCGACCGCCUAUAUGCUCGCCUCCACCGCGACGCGAAGCAAUUCCAGCCCCGGAUCGAGGUGGAGAUCGAGCGCUUCGGGAGCGCGCAACUCGCGCUGCGUGACCGAGCUAAAACUAUCGAGUCCGGCCUGCGAGACCUCGAGGGGGAGCGGCUGAGCCUGGAGAAGUGUUUGGAGGAGAAGGCGAAGGAUGCGAAUGUGCUGUCAGCUUGGUUGCAGGAGCACGGCGGUAAGCCGCAGUCGCCGGGUGAGAUGGUAGCGCUGGAGGCAGUGGAUGAGAGGGAAAGAAGCAUGGUGGAGAGCGCAGCCGCGGCGGGUGCCAUCGACGACGCGGUGUGCGUGCUCGACGAAGCGCUUGCGGCGGGUGUGUUGGACUUCGGACCUUACAUCAAGCAGGUGAGGUGUUUGGCGAGAGAGCAGUUCUUCCACAAGGCCUUGGUCAGAAAAAUCCAGCAGACCAGUGGAGACUUCUUGCCAUAGCGAAAUCCAUUGUU